AUGGCUACGGUUGACUACGCUGCUUUUCUUGCGAUUAUACUUAUUUUCCAAGCUUAUUCUGUCACCGCCAACUUCACUAUUCCGUUUCUUUCCCCUUUAAUAGGUACAUUAAACAACGACUGUGCGAAUGCGCUUCCCCCAGCAUCCGAUAAUCACAAAAAUGCUAACUUCUCGUUUCUAGACCCCUGUUUCUGGACUUACUGUGGGGGAGGUUCGUGUAAUAAGACCUCCAUAUUCACACACUCGUGCGAAUGCGAUGAGGGCUACUUCAAUUUGUUCAACUCCACUUCUUUCCCUUGCUACAAAGAAUGUGCACUUGGAUUGGAUUGUGCAAGCCUUGGGCUCAACAUGAACAACUCAACAACUUCGAGGCCCGGUUCUAGGCAGAGUUCGGCGGAGGACAGUAACAGUCCUGGAUUGCGGUUGAUUCCAAGAGUCGAAUUUGAUUUGUUCAUUGCAUUGUGUACAACAUUGGCUCUAGUUGUGAGGAAGUAUGGUUAA